AUGGGCAACAUCACUUCCAGACAAGCCACCAACCUCAUCGACAGCUUCGUCCUCCGCCUCGCCCGCAUCAUCGACUCUACGCUUCGGCGUCUCAACCGCAGCCUCUCCACGUUCUCGAGCUUCUUCUUCUCCAAGCUCUUCGGGUACGAUGUGGUGAUCGUCGACGAUGCGUGUGCGAACUCUGUCGAGCUGACACGCAAGGAUUCGCUCGUGUGCGGGCCGGGCAACGUGUGCAUCGUUCCAGCGAGCAGGAUCCAGCACAGGCAACUCGAAAAGAAGAGGAGGAGCGAGAGGAGGAGGAGGGCCGAGGCGGCAGCGUUGGGCGAGAAGAUGUUGAGGAAGCACGGGUACAGCGUGGUGGAUAGCGUGCCGAGCAGUCCGACGAGUGACAGGGAGAAGGUCAGGGUGAGCUUGGGAGAGGUGGCGAGGGCGCCGGCGGCGAGGAGCGAGAAGGAGAGGGAGACGGUGGGUGAGAGGGAGAGGGGCAAGUUGUGGGUUAUGGGCAAUGUUGCUGCGAGUAGUCGGAGCAGUGAUGCCAAGAAAAGUCCGACCAUCCCGAACUCUCCAACGGGGAUAGACGAGAUGGUGUUGCAGAGAGUCCAAGAUCAACGCUCCAACAUCGCUUCCAACUCGACAGUCAUCAAGCGACGUAUUCAACCGAGGAAAUCAUCUCGUCCACCACUACCACCACCGCCAUCGCAGCACCACCUGCCUUCCGCUGAAAUCGAUCCCAAAUCCGCUCCUACAAGCAUCGCAUCUGUAGCAGAGACCGACGAAUCGCCAUCCGGAGGUCGUGCUAGCAAGCCUUCUGCUGCGCUUCCACCAGGAGCACUCUCCCUCCGCCCCUCCCCCUGGGAACCCACCUUCCGGCACCCCUUCAGCGCCGCACACGAACCGCUCCCCUCGCCUACCGCCACCACCAUCCAACCGCAACCGCGUCAGCCGUCUCGACCCAAACUAUCCCUCGACACUACCCUUCCCGCUGCUUCCACCACAGCACCCGCAUCCUCCUCCACCUCGUCGCCGCAUCGUCCGUCCCUAGCCCGUCGAUCGAUCGACACCCUCUCCCUGCGCCACAACUCCCUCGACGCACCUCCUGCGAUCGACGUGAAAUCGCUCGCCACCAAAGCAGUGCGCGAAUCCAAAGGUCGAGCCGUAUGGAAGGACCACGUCCACAAAGCUGCCAUGCACAAGUGUCUUCAACAGCAAACCCCUGCUGCGGCCGCUGGGGGGAGGAGGUUCAGCACCGCAACGCUAGGUCCAGGUGGCCCGCUGAUGCGCGUCAAAACCUCCGAAACCGAUCUCCUCUCAGCCGACGCGGUAGCGCAGAGAGCAAGGAGAGGUUCAAGUCCAAGCCUGGCAAGCGGAAGGAGCACACACGUGGUCAGGGAGGCGUCUCCAUUGCACGAUGUCGGAGGAUAA